AUGACCAAAGGAAAGAUGAAUGGAAAAUAUUUACGUACUAGUAAAGUAUUUAAUACAGUUUACAGCCUAGCAAAAAAAUGUAAGUCGUUUUCAGACAUACAAAAAGAGAUAGAAGUGCAAAUUAAAAAUGGAUUAGAUAUGGGAAUUGGGUUACAGUCACGUAAAACUGUUGUGAAAAUAGUUGAUUUCAUUGCAAAGGCAAUUAAAAAAGCAAUAUUUACUAAAAUUGUUGAAAAUAAUCUGAAUAUUUCUUUGAUUAUUGACAAAGUCUCUACAAUAUCUUCCAAACCAGUUAUUAUAGUUUUCUUAAAAGUUGAGGAUUCAGUUACAUCGCCAACAAUUUUCGUUGAGCUAAUUGAAUUGGAAAAACAAGAUGCAGACACAAUAUGUUCUGCAGUUAUGGAAAGUUUAAAUAAUGUUGGGCUUGCUAAGAACUACCUAGAAAAAAAUUUAAUAGGAUUUUGCUCUGAUGGUACCUGCGGUCUGCUUGGGAUAAAAUCUGGAGUGACCACUAGGAUAGAAAAAGAGUUUCCAAACAUCAUAAUAUGGCAUGGUUUAAACCAUCGCCUCCAUCUUGGUUUAGAUGAUUUAAUGAAAGAAAUAAAGCUAGUAAAUAAUUUUAAAACAUUUAUUGAUAAGAUACAUACUAUUUUUCAUCAGUCCAAUAAAGACCAAAUUGAACCUACCAAAAUAUCUGAACAACUUGGAGUUGAACUUAUAAAGAUUGGUAGAGUUUUGGAACCAUGGGCUGCCUGUACUUUAAGAUCAAUCCUAGCUGUGUGGCACGCUUUUCCAGUGUUAGAGGACUAUUUUUAUUCAAAUGAAAAGUACUUGGGUAUGGCUACCCGUCUUGAGAAUAUAUAUGUUAUAACUGAUUUGGCUUUGAUGAUUGAUAUUUUAAAUGAAAUUUCUUUUCUCUCAAAUGCACUGCAAGCAAGAGAUAUAGACAUAAUAAAAGCUGAAAAACUCAUGAUAAGAUCUAUUAAAGCAUUUCAAGUGCUUGGAAAGGAAAUGGGUGCAUACGAAAAAAAAGUUGAUGAAUUAAUUACUUCAGAAACCUUCAAAAAUAUAAAAUUUGUAGAAAAUCAGCGAUUUGUCAGACUUCCUCGGGAAAUACUUUUAGAAAACAUCGUAAUGAGUUUGGAAAAAAUACUAAUGGAUUGCGAAUAUUUAAACGCAAGUUGUAACCAGUUUAAAGACAGUAAUAUAUUACAAAUUCUCAAGUUUUUGGACCCAGAUUAUUGGAAUACUGAAGAAGUAUGUGUUCCAUGGUAUGACGGUGAAUGCCAAUUGUACAAAUUUAAUAACAUUUUUAAUCACAAAAUUGAUAUUAAUGAUUAUCGAGAUUUUGUGGAAAUAGAGUUAAAUAUUUCCUGGAGGCGUACAAUUCCGGAAAGUGUUCAAAGAGCUAAAAAUAUUAUCAGAACAAUUGUUGUAAGUUCAGCAGAGGUGGAAAGCAUUUUUUCAAAGAUCAACAUAAUAUGUUCAGGGAAGAGAAGUCGCCUAACUGUUUCUAACAUAUCAAACAUGAUGACUAUUAGUCUAAUUGGCCAACCUCCAAAGGAAUGGGAUCCUACUCCUACAGUGAAAAGAUGGUUAAGGAAGAAUCACAGAGCCAAUAAUGCUCGGAUAAGAGCAAAGAAAAUUGCAAGUUAG